UACUGUUUACUGCUAAGCAAAAUACACACACGCUUGCAGAUAAAUUUAAUUCACAAUUAAAAUAAAUGAUACAUAUUAAAUACACAAUCUGUAUUAUCACUUGAACGAGUGUUAAGUACAUUGCACUUACUAAAGUCGCCAUAUGUGGCGCUGUCGAAUGCUAACAUAACCUGUAAAUAGUAAAUGUGACGCGGAGAACGCGUGCAAACGGAACACGUUUCAAAACAAAUUUGUGGUCUUUUUAAAAACUGCGAAGAUGACGUUAAAGAGCUUUCCAAGAGGAGGAAAGAAACUUCAAAAGAAGCCAAUAACGGAUUUAAUACAAAAGAAUCAUGGGAAAGACAGUAAAAAGAAAUGUGAGUGGACAGACAAAUUCAAUUUUGUGGCUAAUACCGCAGAACGUUUAUCAUAUGCAACGAUAUGCGAAGGAUUAGUAGUACUGGGGUGUAUCUGUGAAGUAACAGAGUAUGGUAUGGUCGUAUCUCUGCCUGGUGGUUUACUCGGUUAUGCUCAAGUUGCAGAUAUUAGCGAGUCAUAUACGAAUCUAUUGAAAAAUUUAUUUAAAUCCAAGGAUGAUUUAUCAAAUGAAUUUAAGCCUUUAUCUGAACUAUACUCUCCUGGAGAACAAAUUGUAUGUUAUAUAAAAGGCAUACAACGUCAAGAAAAAUGGCAAAUCACCUUAUCCCUUGAACCUAACUUGAUAAAUCAAAAUUUAAACGCCGAAAAUCUGAACAAUGGUUCAAACAUAAUAUGUACUGUUAGCAGCAUAGAAGACCAUGGUUAUGUUGUAGACACAGGCUUAACGAAUGCAAGAGGAUUCAUACCCGCUAAAGAGCAUAUUAACAAACAAUAUCUGUUUCCGGGUAGACAGCUUCUGUGUCAUAUAAAAGAAAUUAAGACAAGAGAGAACACAUCGACUAUCAAGUUAUCUUCGAAAUUGGAACUAGUUCAAGCAAUAAACAACAUUGAAAUCCAAUCCUUGGAUAGCUUGAGUCCAGGAACUAACUGUAAAUUGCGUGUAAAAAGAAUUCUUUCUAAUGGAUUGUACGUUUCGUUCGGUAAUAAUUAUAUAGGCUAUAUAAAUCAACUCUAUUUAACUGAACCUCUAUCCAAAUAUUCAAAGGGCAUGGAAAUUAUUGGAAAAUUACUUUACAUUUUACCAACUGUGAAAUUCGGAUACUUUAGUACAUUAGUAAAUAAACCUAAAGAUAAUUCUAUAAAGCCAGGAGAUAUUAUAGAGGAAGCUACAGUCUUAUUCAGAGAGUCUGGUGGAAUUGUGUUACAAUUGACAAAGAGCGGAGACAGAGGAUUUCUACCUUUGAAAAGGUCAAAUGUCAACUUUGAUAAAAUUAUUGAAACAUUUGUUCCUGCUAGUAAACAUAAAUGUAGAGUGUUAUCAUAUUGUUGGUUGGAUGGCACUUAUAUUUGUACAAUGCAACAUUCGUUGUUGCAAGAAAGAUAUUUUUCACUUUUCGACUUUACACCAGGCGACCUGGUGAAAGUGAAGAUUACAAGUAUUAAUGCAGAAACUGGUUUCAUUAACGUUCAAGUUGGUAGAAUAUAUGGAUACAUCACUUCGGAGCAUAUAUCGGAUGCAGGAAUAAGCGAAUUGAAAAAUUUUAAAGUCAAUCAGGAAGUAGAUGCUAUGGUAUUAGCCAUCGAUAAUACACGGAACAAAGUAUACUUUACUUUGAAAAAAUCACUCUUAUCUAGCAAUCUACCUGUUUUAUGUGAUAUUCAAGCAUCAAAUCCAGGAUCUAAACACCAUGGCACUAUAGUACAAAUAAAGAAGAAUGGUUUAUUAGUUAAAUUUUUUGGUAAUGUCAAAGGUUGGGUUCCACAUUCGGUAUUGGAUAAAGGAGCGUCCUCCGAAAAUUGGAAUUAUUCCAUUGGACAAACAAUUAUGGUUACGAUCGAAUCCGUAAAUAAAAAUUCAAGGAAGAUAGUUUUAAGCGUAGCAACUGAUGAUAAAGCGAUCGAAGAAACUGUAUUUGUAAUUGGAGAACAUGUAGAAGGAACAAUUACAGAAUCAUCUAAGGAAGGUGUAUAUUUGAGAAUAAGUAAACAGAAUGGACAAACUGUUAGCACAGGAUUUUUACCUGCAGGACACAUGUCACCCUGCAUAGAUGUUGCAGCUAUGCUAGCAUUAAAAUCUAUUCCUGGAGAUACGCUUUCUGCCCAAGUGUUUGCUACAACACCGAGCUUAAUUUUGUCCAGAACAUUUUUGCCCGAACAAAAUUAUAGAAUGUUUGAUCAACUAAAAAUUGGUGAUAGUAUACCUUGUUCGGUGAAAGACAUAGAACCGGAUGGUGUAAGAGUUCUAUUACCUGUCGCAGGAUGUUCAUCGCCAUUCUCAUAUGUCUCUUACAGUAACGUCAGUCAUUUUAAUGUCUUAUACAAGCAUCAAGUUUUAUUCGCAAAAAUUAUUUCUAUCAACCAAAAGAAUAAACAACUAAUUUUGUCGUUAACACUGAAGAAAGUAUACGACGUAUUAACUGAUCCUAUGAGUAGAAUGAUGAUAACAGUGGAUACAUUAAGUUUACAUUUCAAUAAAUUGGCAGAAUUAGCAAAGAAUUCUUAUUAUCAAAAUAAGUCAAUCUCAUCGGUCGCUUUAGGACAGAAAGUAACAGGAAAAGUUGAACAAAGUACGGACAGUGGUGUUGUAAUUAAAUUAGAAAACAACUUAUUGGGAAUAAUACGAAAAGAUCAUUGUUUUCAAAAUCCAAAGAUAGGAGAUACAAUUUCUGGAACAAUUAUGUGGAAGGAUUAUAUACACGAAGUUGUUGAAAUGACAAUGUUACCUUCUGUAAUGAAAAGUAUAACUGGUAAGCAAAAUACACGCUUGCAGAUUCCUGAAGGAAAAGUGAUUCGUGGUAAAAUAUUAAUGGUAACCGAUUGGUUCCUCUUAGUCCUCUUGAAAGGUCUUGGUAAAGGCACACUGGCAGCAAUGCCUAUUCGGCGUCACAUAAAUGAUAUAAAACCAGACCUAUCACCCUAUGUUGUUCAUGCAAAGAUCAGGUGUUACGUGAUACUACAUUCCGGUGAAGUGGAUAUUCUACCAAUUUGUAUGAUAAAAUCUGCAUUCGAAUCAAAAUACAUUACAGAUAAAAAACUUAGCAAGGCUACCUUCAAGAGAAAAGCAGAGCAAACAGAAAAUAAAAACAUAUCUGCUAAAAAGAUGAAGACUGAAAAAACUCGGUCAAACAUUGAAGAACAUUCAUUGAAAGAUUUGAAUGAGAAAACUACAAGUAAUAAGCAAAUUGAAAAGGAAAAUGAAAAGAAAUUGAUAAAAUAUAAAAAAGAGAGUGACAUAUGUGAUAGUACAGUACCUGGCAACAACAACGAAAAGUUAACGAUACCAGAGUGUGGUUUUUUUUGGGAUGAAAAACCGGAUCUAAGCUUUCUUGAGAAUAAAGAAUUGUCCAGCGACAGCGAGAAUGAAGCAGAACAACAACCAAAGCAUAAGAAAAAAAAGUUAAAUGCUUCUGAACGCAGAGAACAAGAGAGACAGAAGGAACGUGAAAUUCGUCAGAGAGAAGAAGCGAAUGCUAAUAAUCAAUUACCAAACUCUGUCGAUGAAUUUGAUAAAUUGGUUCUAGCAAGCCCAAACAGUUCCAUAAUUUGGUUACAAUACAUGGCGUAUCAUUUACAGACAACAGAGAUUGAGAAAGCAAGAGCAGUUGCCAGGAGAGCUGUGAAAACGAUCAAUUUCAGGGAGGAGAAUGAAAGAUUAAACGUGUGGAAUGCUUGGUUGAAUCUGGAAUCAAAAUUUGGAACUUCCGAGUCAUUGAACGAUGCUUUCCAAGAAGCAAUAAGAGUUAACGAUGCGAUGAAAGUGUAUACACACAUGUUAACAGUACACUUUGAAGCUGAUAGACAAGCACAAUUAGAAAAAAUAAUCAAUAUUAUGCUUGGUAAGUUCAAGCAGAAUCCUCAAGUAUGGAUCGACUGUGGCACGGUAUUGUUAAAAAUGGGUUUGAUGGAGAAAUCGAGGAACAUCAUGCAAAGAGCCAUGCAGUCUUUGCCACCAUCGGAACAUGUAAAUUUGAUAAUUAAAUUUGCCCUCUUAGAGGGCAAAUUUGGGGACAAACAGAGGUCCCAGACAUUAUUCGAAAAAAUUAUAUGUUCUCAUCCCAAACGCGUGGACGUUUGGUCCUGUUACGUGGACUCGUUACUAAAAAGUAACGAUAUUGAUGUUGCAAGGAAAGUAUUGGAACGAGCAGUCGUUCAGACAUUACCACCAAGGAAGAUGAAGACUCUGUUCAAAAAAUUUAUAAGCUUCGAAGAACAAUAUGGUACGCAGCAAAAUGUUGAACACGUACAACGAUUGGCUGCUAGUUACGUAGAGAAGCAGUGAGUGUAAAAAAGACAUGGAAUCAUUCUGAUUAAUGUAAAUAUAUAAUAAACAAUUGCAUCGGCCGGGAAACGAAUCCGGGCCGCCCGCGUGGCAGACGAGCAUUCUAUCACUGCACCACCGAACGAAACAUGUACAUUUGUGCAUCUAUAAUUAUGUAAUAUAAUUUUGUGUUUAUAUUACAUUAUCAAUAUAUUCUAUUGAUUUAUAUAAUUUUGCGUUUAUAUUACAUAAUUAUAGAUGCACAGAUGUAUCUGUUCCAUUGAUUAUAUUACAGGAAGCAUCGGUGGUUCAGUGGUAGAAUGCUCGCCUGCCACGCGGGCGGCCCGGGUUCGAUUCCCGGCCGAUGCAAUUUUGUUUAUUUUAUAUUUACAUUAAUCAGAAUGAUUCCCUGUAUUUGUUACACUGCUGCUUCUUUUCUAUAUAUUCAGCAGCCAGUUGUUGAACAUGUUCAACAUUUU